CGCAGAGAAAAGAGGCACCCGUAUAUAAGCGAAAUGCGGAAGUGAGAAACCGCCCCGCGUACGUAAACCACGUAUGUUACACAGUGUGCGUGCAAUACCCCGACAUUGACCAAAGAUGAAGUGCCUGAUAAUCGUUUGCUGCCUGCUGGCCUAUGUCAACGCGGGACUUCUCCACGCUGCCCCCGCCGCCGUCGCAGUCGCGGCACCCGCCGUCCUCGAGGCAGGAACCAGCAGCCAAUACCGGAACGAGGACCACGUGGGCAACUACAACUUCGGCUACGACGAGUCUCACACUUCGGGCGGCUCCUUCCGACGCGAGACGGGCAACGCCCUGGGCGUAAAGACGGGCUCCUACGGCCUGACGGACGCCGACGGCCGCGUCCGCGUCGUCCACUACGUCGCCGACGAACACGGUUUCAGGGUAUCCGUGGCAACCAACGAGCCCGGAACGCAGGUUUCAAGCCCCGCCGCCGCCUCUAUCACGAGGCCGGCGACUCCCGUUGUCGUCAAGGGUCCCGUUGCAGCAGUUGCUGCACCACUCGCUGCUCCAGUUGCUACGGCGGUUGUUGCUCCGGUGGCCGGUCCCCCACCGAAACCCGUCGCAACCACCGUGAAGGUUUCAACACCGGUCGCCGUUGCAACUCCGGUGGCGUUGAAAGAGCCCUCGCAUGCAACUCGGGUUGUUGUGUCGGCAGUGCCCGUGCAAUACGCCACGGCGUACCAUUCUCACGUGUACAAAAGCCCCGUGGCUUAUUCGCUGCCCGUGUUCGCGUACUCGGCGGCGCAGGUUCCCGUCGCUCACUCUUUCGUUUACGGGCACAAAGUGACGCACGCGCAGGGUAGCCCGUUCCACGGAUACGCGUAUCUCUAGCGUUUAGAAACUUUCGUCACUCUCAUACCAUUUCUCUUCUAGUGAGUCCGCAUUUGCGUUAAUGCGGAGAUCGAGUCGCCUGCUUCUUGCGCAAGAGCUGCGGUGACGUCAGAAAGACGCCGAGCUCUGAUUGGCUCUGAUCGAAGAAUAGUGGAUAGCCCUCAAAGCAAGAUGCCUUGAGGUCUACCCACUAUCCUUCAUUCACAACCAAUCAGAGCUCAGCCUUCUGACCUCACCACAGCCCCUGCAAUUGAAGCAGACGAACUUGCGCUCCGCAUUGUUGUUGUUAUCCUUGUUACCCCAUUCGUGCCAUCUGGGGAAAGGAGGGAGGGGUGUAAAGGGAAACAUAAGAAAGCCCGAAUUUCUUUAAGAAAAGUGAGUAUUUUUUAAAAAUAAAAUUGUUUCAUUCGAAUUCUUAAUGCGAUUUUCAAGAGCUAGUAUCGCCUCCAUUGCCUUUUCGAGAACAUGAAAAAAUAUGUUGAAAGGUAUGCUGUGCCGUCUUAAGAUCUUUGCAAGUGGGAAAUGUUGACCAGAGGGAAGGCUUAAUAAAAUUUUAUCGUUUGUUGCUGUUUUCUUCUUUUUUUUAUCUUUAAUUCGGCCCGUAAACAUUUCGAUUUUUAUUGGUUAGAGUUUGUCGUGACUAUGCUAUAGUAUCUUUCCUUUGCUCCUUUAGCCCUCCCAGGUAACUUCUAGAUGUGAAUAUAAUCACUAACAACUUAAGAAGCGAAGGGCGUGGAAUAUCAAAUUUACGCUUGGCAUCCUUGUUGGUUAAUGCCGCAACCCUACUGGUUGCGGAGCGAUAAUAAGAAACUCGAGACUCAGAACGCCCUGAAUUUCUUAAGUUGUCAGCGACUGUAGAAUUCCUUUACUCUGGGGAGUUUCUGAAGGACAGGACGGCCAUUUCGUGGGGCUAUCUCGAUGUGUGCCCACAACCAUCCAGAUGCCACUAGGUCCGCAUAGCGGUGUGUACCCGAGACCCUCUGGUGCGACAUCUUGAACGCCUGUAGCCAGACACGGAAUAAAUUUGUGUGACCUCUUGCACAUUAUGAGUACA